GUUCAUGCAGAAGCAGAGAAAUGCUUAACUGCAUUGUCCAUUCGUUUGGGAGAAGAAGAAUUUUUCUUUGGUUCUCAUCCAUCUACAUUAGAUGCCACAGUAUAUGCAUACUUGGCACCUCUUCUUAAAGCACCGUUUCUAAAUGCUGCCCUUCAAAACCACCUCAAAGCAUGUAGCAAUUUAGUACGAUUUGUGGUGAGGAUAUCACAGCGUUACUUUGCCAGCUCCUUGCAAGAAUAUGAAGCUCAUAAAACUUCGCAACAAAAACCCAAAGAAGACGCUGAAAAUUACUUUCCAAACAAACGACGUAAUCAAUUUUUAGCUGCAUUAGUAGCAACUGUUGCUAUGACGGGAUAUGCAUUUUCUACUGGUCUUAUUGAGAAUUUUGCUCAUGUCCUUUGGGGAAGUUCUGUAUAUAAUUAACAGUCUUGAAAUAUUCUGAAAAGUUGAUCUGGAGAUUUUGUGGAAAUGAACUUUAAGGACACAAGACGAAAACAGUUUUUUUUUUCUUUAAAACUGUUUGUUUGGCUGCAUCAUUCCAAGUUUCUGCACUAACUUGACUCAUAAACUAAUAAAGAGUUCUUGAAACUGAAGAAUGGUCACCUCACCUAAUGCUUUGUGAUGACAUUGGUAUGAACUUGAUUUUUGUCAUUACUGUCACAAUUAGUAGGUGAUGCACUUGCAUCAACUUCUGGCUAGGGAUUAUUUUAUCCACUGCUUGGAAUGUAGCUAGAUUGACUCCAUCAAAAACUGGAUUGGAAGAAAAUAAUCUUCUUUGAUGCUUGUUGCUUUCAUGGCACUCCAAAGGAAAUGAGUUUAUUCAGUCUGUAGUUGCAAUGAGUUAUUUCAGUUUUGUCAGUUAUUCAGCGUGUUCCUAUCUCCAGUUACCUGAAGGACUUCAGUAAACUGUUUUAUCUCCUUCCCACUCUCAUGAUAGUUGACUCUCUCACAUUCUACUGCUUUUGCAUAUGAAUUUAGGUCCUUCUAGAAAUUUUGUAUUUUGAAAAUCAUUGACUAUUUUGGGGCAGAGUUUCUUCUUGAUAAGAAAAAUAAGUUAAUGGGAGACUGCCUUCAGAGCUUAUGCAUUAAAAUUGUUGUUGCAUGUUGUUGAAAAAACCUACUGAGAUUGACAAUUCUAAAUCUAAAAAUGAAGAGCAAUGCUACUUUGGAGAAAGAAAAUGAACUUGAGAAAAAGGUGCUCAGGUUUUAACAAUUAAUUUUCUUGUUGAGGUGUUAGAAUAUCAUGUUAAUUUCUUUUUAUUGAGCUUUGUUUCAUCCAAUUUCUAAAAAUAAAAUGAGAACAUAA